AUGGUGAUAUGGAUUAAUAGUAAUGAAUCGUCGUUCCAAUUUCGGAAUGGUCAAUACCCGUCCUACAAAGCAGUGCGAUUAAGACAACAGAGACCGGAACUUAUGAAAUAUCAUCCAGUAAAUAACGUGGUAUUCAUCAAAACACACAAAACCGCAGGUACUUCGCUUCACUGUCUCAUCUGUCGCUAUGGUUACAAGAACAAUUUAUCGUUUGUGUUUUCUAGGUACAAUCGGGAGAAUGGUCACAUACGAAAGACAGCUCUGAAUACGAGUCGAUUCUUACCACCUCUUGACUACAAUGGUACUAGGGACCCUGUCUUCAAUAUUUUGACUGGUCACGUGACAUAUGCAAAACGUACAAUAAACACAUUUAUGUCUGGGGAACCAAAAUUCAUCACUAUUGUAAGAGAACCCGCAAGUCAAAUCGAAUCGCAUAUGAACUUUUUUCAUCACAAGAGUGAAGUAUUGAGGGGAAUAGACACAUUUCUGAAAGACGUGAACUAUUUUCAAAAUGGCGGCACAUCAGGAAGCAGAAACAAUCAAAUUAGGGAUCUUGGUUUGACACUCAUUCAGACAGCCAAUGAGACUAUUGUUAAUAACACUAUUAACAAACUAGACGAGGAAUUUGAUUUAGUUCUUAUAGCUGAAUAUUUCGAUGAGUCCUUGAUUUUACUGAGAAGACUCAUGUGUUGGGAGUUUGAAGACAUAGUUUAUUUAACUAAAAAUACCCGACCGAAGCGAGACACGAUUACUAACACAUUUCGGCAGAAUGUUUAUAAGUGGUCAAGAGCUGACAUGUUGUUGUAUAAUCACUUCAACUUCACGCUAUGGAGCAACAUCCGUGCUUUGGGACCAAAAUUUCAUGCUGAGUUAGCAACAUUUCGUGCUUUACUCAAUGAUACUAGUACACGAUGCUCUGCAUCUAAAAUCGUAAAAAGAUACUCUAAUGGAGUGAAACAUUUUGAAUAUUCCACAAGCAACUCGACAUUCUGCAAACAGCUGGGAAUGAGCCACGAGGAUUGGUAUCAGUCAAUCUCUAAACGCCAACAAUAA